AUGCUAGCAUUUAGAAAGGCCAGGAGGAAACUCAGGAUGGGGACCAUCUGCUCUCCCAAUCCCAGCGGGACAAAGGCGGCCUCGGAGGUCUGCAAUGCCGACUGGAUGGCCUCGCUCCCCCCUCACCUCCACAACGUCCCCCUUUCCAAUCUGGCAAUCCCAGGCUCCCAUGAUUCAUUCAGUUACUGGGUAGAUGAAAAGUCCCCAGUGGGGCCUGACCAAACCCAAGCUGUCAAACGCCUCGCCCGGAUCUCCUUGGUAAAGAAGCUAAUGAAGAAAUGGUCUGUAACUCAGAACCUGACCUUCCGGGAGCAACUGGAGGCUGGGAUCCGCUACUUUGACCUGCGUGUGUCCUCCAAGCCAGGGGAUACUGACCAGGAGAUCUACUUCAUCCAUGGGCUCUUUGGCAUCAAGGUUUGGGAUGGACUGACGGAGAUUGAUGCGUUCCUCACUCAGCACCCUCAAGAGAUCAUCUUCCUGGAUUUCAACCACUUCUACGCCAUGGAUGAGGCCCACCACAAAUGCCUGGUUCUGCGGAUCCAGGAGGCCUUUGGGAGCAAGCUGUGCCCAGUCUGCAGUGUAGAGAGCAUGACGCUGCAAAGCCUGUGGGAGAAGAAGUGCCAGGUUCUCAUUUUCUACCACUGUCCCUUCUACAAGCAAUACCCAUUCCUGUGGCCAGGAAAGAAAAUUCCAGCACCCUGGGCAAAUACCACAAGUGUGCAGAAACUGAUCCUCUUCUUGGAGACCACCCUGAGUGAGCGAGCCCCACGUGGGGCCUUCCAUGUCUCCCAGGCUAUCCUCACCCCAAGAGUGAAGACCAUUGCCCGAGGCCUAGUAGGGGGCCUCAAGAACACACUAGUUCACAGGAAUCUCCCUGCCAUCCUUGACUGGGUGAAGACUCAAAAGCCUGGAGCCAUGGGUGUCAACAUCAUCACAUCUGACUUCGUGGACCUGGUGGACUUUGCCACGACUGUGAUUGAACUAAAUGACCUUCUAGAGGACCAAGCUCUGACUAAGUGUUGA